GGGAAGCGAAAGCAAAGGCGCCUUGCCCCAGUGGCUACCUCUUCCGCUCCUUGGGCGGAAGGGCGGGCCGCCUCCCUUGGACUACAAGGCCCAGCUCGGAAAGGCCCGCCAGCUUGUGAGAGCCGGCAGCGUUGCAUGCUGGGAAUUGGAGUCUGUCGGGCCUGAGGGUGAGACGGCGCGGGCCUAGGGUCUGCUCUCUCGGUGGGGACGUCUUCUUCCGCGGCAGCUCCCCUGCCAUGGCGGCCCGGGUGGACUUCGGGGACCGCGAGCUCUUCCAGCAACUGGACGCCGAGGUUGACGCCGCCGCCGCCGCCGCGCUUCACACCCGCUUCGGGGAGAGUGACGUGGAGGAGAGCGAGGAGCUCCGGCAGAGGCUGAACGAGAGCCAGGAGGCGGUGCGGACCCUGCAGGCCGAGAAUCGCGAACUUAGAAGAAAACUGAACAUACUGACUCGGCCAAGUGGACUUACAAUAGAUGAUGCUAAAGUUGAUGGGCCUUUGCUGCAGAUUUUAUCCAUGAACAAUAGUGUAUCCAAGCAAUAUCAUCAAGAAAUAGAGGAUUUUAUAGUGAGUUUGGUUCAGAGAUAUGAGGAGCAACAGAGGGCUGAAUCUGACAAGACCUACUUCAAUGUUAAGCCACAGCCUUCUAGUUUUGUGUUGGAAGAAGACCCUAAAGUGACAAGCGCAAAUAUGUCCAAAAAAAUCAAGGAAGCAUUUAGCGUUGUAGGAAGUGUUCUCUAUUUUACCAAUUUUUGUCUUGAUAAACUGGGGCAGCCUAUAUUAAAUGAGAAUCCUCAGCUGACAGACGGAUGGGAAAUACCCAAAUACCAGCAAGUUUUCACGCAGAUCCUUUCUCUAGAUGGACAAGAGAUACAAGUAAAGCCUAAAAGCAGGCCCAAACCUCACUGCUUCAACUGUGGCUUGGAGGACCACCAAAUGAAAGAUUGUCCACAGCCACGAAAUGCUGCCCGUAUCAGUGAAAAAAGAAAAGAGUUUUUGGAUGCUUGUGGGGAAGCAAAUAACCAAAACUUCCAGCAGCGGUACCACACAGAUGAAAUAGAAGAAAGAUUUGGAAGGUUUAAGCCAGGAAUAAUUAGUGAGGAACUUCAAGAUGCUCUCGGUGUCACCGAGAAGAGUCUUCCCCCUUUCAUCUAUCGCAUGCGGCAGCUGGGUUAUCCCCCAGGCUGGCUGAAAGAGGCAGAAAUGGAAAAGUCUGGACUGACAUUAUAUGAUGGAAAAGCAUCACCUGGGGAUGAAGCCGAGGAGGAGGAGGAUUACAGUCACAAUCGACGUGUCACAUACGACAUCUCCAAGCUGAUAAAUUAUCCUGGUUUUAAUAUGUCCACUCCAAAUGGAGUAACAGAUGAAUGGAGGUCGUUUGGUUCGGUGCCCCUUCAGCCAUCUCAGCAGAAGGACAUCUUUGCUCACUAUCUUUCUACCUACCGUUCGGCCGGCCCAAAGUCCAACAGUAAAAGACUUUCGUCUCACCAGAGCUCUCAUCAUUCAAAAAGACAGAAAGGAAACAAUGCCGAACUAUCAUCAGCUGACAUGGAGAUGGAUUCAGACUUUGAAAUGGUGCAGAAUUCUCCCAAUUAUGAUGGCUUCCAUUUCCAACCUCCCUUGCCUCCAGGGUCUCCAUUGAAUGCCACUCCUCCGCCGCUGCCGCGAGGUACCCCUCCUGCCACGCCGCCCAACUUUACCCCUCCUCAGCCUCCAAUAUCAACAUCUUCAGUGCUUCCCCGCAAUGCUUCUGCUUUGGCAACAGCCAACAAUUCUGCUGCCCUGAGAACAGAGGGCUCUGCCAUGGAUGAAGACACUCUGACGCUGGAAGAGCUGGAAGAGCAGCAGCGCCUCAUUUGGGCCGCCCUGGAGCAGGCUGAUGGAGCCAACAGUGACUCUGACCUUCCAGGGGGGACACCUUUAACAGGCAACUCGGUGGCAUCAUCCCCCUUGAGGGCUGAGCCUGAGAUUCUUUUGGAAGAAGUAACACCCAAGAAUGUGGAAGUAUUGGAACCAGAGCUCUCGGACAACACAGAGCUGAAACUGAAAGCAGAAGAAUCUGAGAAUAAGGCAAUGGUUAUUGAGAAGUUGAUUGAUUUAACAGAAGAGCAUGGCAAUAACAAGCCAAUCUCAGCUGAGAAACUGGUUGAUUUAACCGAAGAGGAAGAGCUUGAUUGCGUGGAUUCUGAAAAGACGGCUGAGAACUGCCUCUCCACUUCCGUGAAUGAAGUAAACCAUGAGAAGGGUGGUGGUGAUCCUCCUAUUGCUCCCGGUGCUGAUGUGGCCCUGAAAAUCACCAGCCCCAUCCCUGACAUGAGCAAGUUUGCAGCAGGGAUAACACCUUUUGAAUUCGAGAACAUGGCGGAGUCCACUGGGAUUUAUCUCCGAAUAAGAAGCGUGCUAAAGAAUUCCCCGCGGAACCAGCAAAAGAAUAAGAAGUCUUCCCUUUAAUUACCUGGCUCUUGCAGCACAGAUUUACCCAAAAAGAAGCCCAUUUCUCAAUUGGCUUGGGAAACUGUUUUGUAGAUGCUUACAUUUUAAAAAGAACACAACAUUGUUAAGGGCAGACAAGUCAAAAGCAGUUACUUUGUUCUUCCUCAAAUUGUGUGGUGUUAUUUUUCGAUGUAUAGGGCUUCCAUUUUGACCUUCGAGCAACUGACGGCAUCAGGACAAACAUUUCCACAACUAUAAGAAAGAGCUUCUUAUCGCAUUUCCUUCCAUCCUCUGAAAUGGUUCCCCCAAUCGCAGUUGAUCUUCCUGGCUGUGUUUUGAUUUUGUGAAUUUGCAGCAGCGGAAAAUGGAGGCCAUUGCUCUGUGAACGUAAAACCCUGUGCUUUCCAUCGUGAUUGGUUCUUCCCUUAAAUAAGUUCGCUGUUGGUAGUUUUUAAAAAGCUAUUAACUUUUUAACAUGUUUUCCCUUCCAACUGGAAAAAAAGAAAAUUCCAGUGGGAAUCAUCAGGGAUUAUUUAGCAUUUGUGGGUACCCUUUUGAGGAGUUUCAUAAGUAAUUUAUGUGGGUCUGUCUUUUUAGUGCCACUUCUGCUUUUUUUUUUUCUUGGUAAAGUUGUCAUACAGUUGAACUUCCUGUACAUACGUUUUCAUGCUUGUGUACAGUGGUUUAAUAAACAUGAUUUUUUUUUGGGG